UCAGUGAGGAUCUAGCUGAGGAUCACAGUGAAGAUCUCAGUGAGGAUCUCAGUGAUGUUCCAGAGGCUGAAGGUGCCGCUGGGCUUUGCCAGGACACUCAUGGGUCCUUAUGGAGUGGACAGAGCGGUUCAUUCCAUGGAGUUCACCGACUGUGAGAAUGGACUGGGAAUUAAAGUCAUCGGUGGUGUGAAGGAGCUGACUGGAGAGGAGUUUGGAGUGUUUGUCAAACGGAUUUUACCCGGUGGCCUUGCUUCAAGUGAUGGAAACUUGAUGCCAGGAGAUCAGAUCCUGGAAGUCAAUGGGGCCAGUCUGGCAGGCGUCACAAGUGAAAGAGCUGUGGACAUCUUGAGAGCAGCAUCCAUAACCAAUCAAAUGCUUCUUCUGGUUGCCAGAGAUGAAGAAGCAAAGAGGGAAUUUGCUGACCUGAUGCAGAAAUAUGGAUCCAGUGGCAGCAUGGGAUCAACUCGCAGCUCUCCUGUGCAGCACGGAGGCCGAUGUCUGGAGAGCACAUCAUCUGGAUCAUCGUCCCCCUCCCAGAGUCCGCUGCUGCUGAGUCCAGCUACUGCUCAGAACACAUACAGUGGGUCCAUGCUGCACUCCCUCAGUCAUCCUGGUGAAAGGCUGAUUCAGCUCAUUUCUGUGGCACAAACCUGCAGUCUGGGCAUCAGCAUCAGUGGAGGCUCCAACCGGCCUGAUGGUCCAGCUGUCUUCAUCAAGGAGCUUUUGUCUGGAGGUGACCUGCACCGGGAUGGACGUCUAAGACCUGGAGAUCAGCUCAUUGCUGUUAAUAAGGAGUCCUUGAUUGGGGUGACCUAUGAAGAAGCAAAUGGAAUUCUGAAUAAUACCAAGUCCAGCCAAGACAACAUGGUGGAAAUAGCCUACAUCCCAGGUAAAGGGCUUUUACCGUGUAGUACUUCUCUGCACAACGGAGUUGAGCGAGGAGCAGCAACCAGCUCUGGAAGACUGAAGGUCCACAUCAGGUCACCUGAGAUAUGCACAGAUGAGCCACCCACGGCCUCUUCACCUUCUCCUGAUAUCUGCCCACCAGAUAGUCACAUUUCAGGUUCAGCUGGUCUGACUUCUUCAACAAGGGCCACACCAAAGAUCACCCUGCACCCUUACAUCCGGCUCAAGUCAGACAAGUUGGACUUGGCUUUGUCCUUUCUCGGUUUGGAUGUGAUGGAGGAGAAGAAGAACAAGUUAAAACACAGUCUGACAACAGACCCACAAGGAACUGUGACCUAUGGAGAGUUUGUGGAGGCCACCCGUAAUAUUUUGCAGGAGGACCUGGAGGAGCUGGGUUUAGGAGCAGGCCCGUUCAUGUUCUCCUAUCACGAAGCUGCAAGUCUGAUGGACACAUCAGCCUUCCACUCACCAACCUAUGAUUCAGAAAGCAGCUACAAUGGUGAGGGGAUGGAACAGUAUCACACAGAGAUGAAGCAGCUUCAGAGUCAGAUGAAGCAGCUCCAGGUGAUGCUGAAAGACAUGGAGCACAGCAACAAAACACUGGAAGAGGAGUUACAGAAGACCUCAAAGAAAGCAUGUUUGACUGCAGAGGAGAACAGCCGCCUCAAGAGUCGUCUGGACACAGCUGAGGCAGACGUGGUGCAGGCCGGCAGUGCAGAACAGGACUACGAGGAAGUCGUCCAGCUGCUGGAAGCUGAGAUCAGGGACCUGAAGAGUCAACUGGCUAACAAGAGGCAGACCAGGGGUGGGCAACUUACCAAAGAGGAGCUGCUGGAGCUGAACAGGAAGCUGACCUUCAUGGAGUGCCAGCUGCAGAGGUCGGAGUGGAGCCGGAAACAGCUGGAACUUUCCAACCGCAGACUCCUGGACUUUGUACAGGUGUGACUGAGAGAUGACUCCCUCUACUGAGCGUGAGCUGGUGCCAUGUGACUGUAAUGCUGCUGCUCAGAUCUAUGGCUCAGAAGGUUAAAGGUCAUUUAAGU